UCAGAGCGCGCGCUGGUGGAAGGUAGUGGGUUUGAGGCACACCGGGUCUACAUGCAGGAGGUGUCUGGAGAAUAUUGUGAGGUGUAACCUACAAAUGAUGUGAAGAAGGAUUGCCUUUUAUUUCGUUUUUAUUUCGUUUCACAGAGCCCUGGAUAUACAUUUUCUUCGUUUGGAAUACCUUUUUUAAUACAGUCAAUGUUAUUGACUUGAUUUUGGAUCCAGUUAAACUUUUCUUCGUUAUCCGACAUUGCUCAAUGCAUUCCUCUUUAGACCGACGGUUUUAUGGACUUCUGUAUUAGCUAAUGAUGUCUAUGGGUUUCAUGCCUGAUCGUUUGAAUGCUUCAGACCCCUCCAAAUCUGCAUUUUUAGAGUUUGGGUACGAGCACCCUGCGCACCAGCAGCAUUCACAAGGAAUCUCUCACAUCUACCCCGUUAAUGGCUUACAUUCUGCCGGACAUUCUCAACACGGUAGUCCCUUCUCUCCCAGCGCGUCCUCCUAUGGCCGCUCCCUGGGCUACGCCUACCCCAGCGCGGUGAACACUCAUCCCCCAAGUGCCUACAUGCCCUACCAGCACAACAAUCACAGUUUGGCGCACUCCAGAUUAGAGGAGACAGACCAUGAGAAGUCUACAGUGAUUGAGAACGGGGAAAUUCGCCUGAAUGGUAAAGGAAAGAAAAUACGCAAACCUCGGACCAUCUACUCCAGUCUGCAGCUACAGGCGCUUCACCAGAGGUUUCAGCAGACACAAUACCUGGCCUUACCCGAGCGCGCGGAUUUGGCGGCAAAAUUAGGGCUGACCCAAACACAGGUGAAAAUAUGGUUUCAAAACAAGCGCUCGAAAUAUAAGAAAAUAAUGAAGCACGGCAGCGGACCGGAGGGUGAACAUCUCCACAGUACGUCAUCUAUCUCUCCCUGUUCACCCGGCAUGCCCCAACUUUGGGAGGUGUCAAUGGCAAACAAAGGGACCCCUAUGCACCCCAACAAUUACAUGAACAAUUUUGGCCACUGGUACCCAAAUCAUCACCAGGAUCCUAUGUGCAGACCUCAAAUGUUAUGAGCGAACCAUCUUAACACAUUGCUCGGUGCUGUAAAACACACACAGCCAUUUAGAACAUUUUAAAGGCCUAAAGGCCUAUAGGCUGCCUAUACCCAAACGCAAACGUGUUUCGUCUAUCAAGUUUGAAUUGUGUGGUAAAUGGAAAUUGUAUUUUUUUUUAUUUUAUUGCAGUGUAUGUUUUUGGAUGAAGAUUUGUUAUGUAGGCCUAUGGUUAUUUCGGAUGUGUCCACUUUACGCACUGUUCUUUAGAUUGGAACGGAUUUGGUGAGAAUUGUGCUGGCAGGUGGAAACAUGCGUAUGAUUUGAUGCAGGGUACAUGCACCUGAAUAUGUGUGUCGACUGGUUAUGGCCGUUUUAUUGAUGUGAUUAACAGGAGUGCCCCAGUCCACGUUUGGAUCGCUAGUCUCAGAAAUUAUGAACUCAUUAUGCAUAAUAAAUGUCAGAUUUGUUUGAUAAAAA